AUGCCAUCGCAGUCAGACCCCCGGACCCUGGGACUGGGAGAUGGAGGCAAAGCGGUGUUCUGGUGCCCUCCUGCUUGUCAUGGCUGUAACACAGGGUCAUCAUGCGACUGCAGCGGAGUGAAAGGAGACAGGGGGGACCGGGGUUUGCCUGGGAUGGAAGGAAAUCCUGGAUUGCCUGGGUUCCCUGGACCAGAGGGACCACCUGGACUGAGGGGUUUGAAGGGGGACCGGGGUUCAUCGGGCUUUCAGGGACCGAAAGGAAUCAGAGGACCUCCAGGGCUGCCCGGAUUCCCAGGAACCCCCGGAAUUCCGGGUCUCCCGGGACAAGAUGGUCCUGCAGGAGUCAGCGGUGUCCCAGGCUGCAAUGGAACCAAGGGCGAACGGGGGUUUCCGGGUACCACAGCUUUCCCUGGAUCUCCAGGCCCUCCGGGACCUCCCGGGUACCCAGGAGCGAAGGGCGACCCUGGUGAAGUGCAGGUGUCGCGGUUGCCAGGGCAGAAAGGAGACCCAGGCUUGCCCGGCCUGCCCGGGCUCCCGGGUCAGUUGGGUACACCCGGGCCCGUUGGCCCAGUCGGCCCAAGCGGCCCAGCAGGACUCCCGGGUUCCUCCGGACGUCCGGGCCCCGCGGGGCAGAAGGGAAACAUGGGCUUGAACUUCCAAGGACCCAAAGGCGAGAAGGGCGACCAAGGUCUGCAGGGGCCCCCUGGACCCCCGGGGCAGUUGGAACAGUUAAAUUCCCCCAGGUCGGACUUCCAGAAAGGAGACAAGGGUAUGAUCGGGCCUCCCGGGCCACAAGGUUACCAAGGAAACCCCGGCAACCCUGGUCCCCCUGGCUAUGGCAACGUUGGCGAGAAGGGCAUGCCCGGGGAACCAGGAAAGCGAGGAAAACCCGGUAAAGAUGGAGAACUUGGGACGCCCGGCUUCGAUGGUCUGACAGGAGAGCCAGGCCGGUCAGGAUUCCCAGGCAGAGAUGGCGCCAAGGGUGGGAAGGGCGAGUCGGGUCGUCCAGGUCCUCCAGGCAUUACCUUCCCAAGGCCGGGCAUCUCAGUCGGACAGAAGGGUGACCCCGGGUUCCCAGGCUCCCCGGGGGGCAGGGGUGACCGCGGUAGCUCAGGCUUCCCAGGGCCGCCCGGACCACCAGGAUCUCCAGGACAACCCAGCAUAGGCCCACCAGGCACCCCAGGUUUCCCUGGAGAACGAGGCCAGAAGGGUGACCAGGGCCUGACUGGUCCCACACUGCCAGGGCCCUCGGGGUUGCCUGGACAACCAGGCCCAAGCGGACCCCCGGGACCUCCAGGCCGCCCAGGAAUUGCACAACCGGGGAUUGGGGAGCAGUGCCAGACGGGAAAUCCGGGGCUGCCUGGGGCCCCGGGGCCCCCUGGCUUCACGGGGGAGACUGGUCUGAAAGGUGAUCGCGGAGACACUUGUUUCAACUGCAUUGGCACAGGGCCCGGAAUUCCUGGCUUUCCAGGACCUCCCGGAUUCCCUGGAGAACCAGGUCGCCCGGGAUUUCCUGGAGGGAAAGGAGAUAAAGGACUACCCGGACCUAGGGGACCCACGGGGCUGACUGGGGGGACUGGUACCCCAGGGUACCCGGGGACAGCUGGUCAAAAGGGCGAGUCAGGAGGCGGCUUCGGUUUUCCGGGUCCGAAAGGUGACCGAGGCGACCCUGGCUUCUCAGGACCCCCAGGACUUCCGGGAUUGGAUAGAGGUCCAGGAAGAGAUGGGGCGCCUGGGCUACCAGGGCCCAAAGGCGAACCUGGUGGACUGGCCUUCAAAGGGGAGCGAGGCCAACCAGGAAGCCCAGGGCAACCAGGAUUCCCAGGAGACCGAGGGCCGCCAGGACCACCAGGGUUUGGUCUCCCAGGUCCCAUCGGUGGAAAAGGUGAACAGGGAGUGUCAGGCCGGCCAGGAUCGCCCGGAAUCCCAGGUCCCAAAGGUGAAUCGGGAAGAACGAUCAGCCAACCUGGACAGCCCGGCUCUCCAGGGCCUCAGGGUGAAUCUGGGCUGCCAGGUAUCCCAGGUGACCCUGGCCUGCCCGGACAGCCUGGUUUACCAGGUCAGCAAGGACUGAAGGGGGAUCCGGGGGUGCCGGGGAUUGGAUUCCCAGGGCCACCAGGGCCGAAAGGUUUCUUGGGACUGACAGGCCCACCAGGGCUUCCAGGGGGUCCGGGGAGACCAGGGUUGGAUGGGUUACCAGGUCAACCAGGACGUCCUGGGUCAAAGGGAGAUCCAGGGCUCGGGGUACCAGGGCCAAUGGGGCCUCCCGGGACACGAGGCAUUGAUGGGCUGCCUGGAUCCAAAGGUGACACGGGAUUUCCCGGGUUACCAGGGUCAUCGGGUCGCCCAGGAUUGGAUGGCACAUCGGGGGUCAAAGGUGACCCCGGUUUACCAGGUCCCCAGGGUGCUACCGGUGGCCCAGGUAGCCCUGGGAUUGGUGGUCAAGGUCUUCCAGGCCCGCAGGGUCUGCCUGGGUCUCCAGGGCUACCAGGGAUACCGGGUUCCAGUGGCGAGAAGGGGGACCCUGGGCCUUUGGGGCUCGAUCUCCCAGGUCCUCCUGGCGACAAAGGAAACCCAGGAUUCCCGGGAGGCCCUGGGGCAAUAGGUCCUCCUGGCACUCCAGGUCCUCCAGGAAGAGACGGAUUCACAGGCUUUCCCGGUGCUAAGGGUGAUAUGGGUGUGAUGGGGACUCCAGGGCCCCAAGGUCCAGCUGGCUCUCCAGGGAUCCCUGGCUUUCAGGGUCCAAAAGGUAAUGAAGGACGUCCAGGUUCCUCCGGAAGUACAGGUCAGCCCGGAUUCCAAGGUGUAAAGGGCGAGGCUGGCAUCCCUGGCCCUCCUGGAUACAUUGACCCCGCAAUGUUUCAAAGAGGCCCCAAAGGAGAUCCGGGAUUUCCAGGUUCGCCCGGGUAUUCGGGUGAAAAGGGUUUCUCGGGUUUACCUGGCAACCCAGGGGCACUGGGACAAGAUGGUCCACCAGGAUCACCUGGAGGGUCAGGUCCCAAAGGAGACCCAGGAUACCCGGGGCAGUCUGGCCUUCCCGGGGCACCAGGCCAAAAAGGAUCAAUGGGAGAAAUGGGGUUUCCAGGUCCAUCGGGUGCUAAAGGUUUUCCAGGAAUAUCCGGGCGUCCUGGGCUUCCAGGUUCCUCUGGUCUCCCAGGAUAUAAAGGUGAAAAAGGUGACUCGGGGGUGCCGUCAAUUGGCUACCCUGGGAUUCCUGGGCCUAAGGGUGAUCCAGGUUCGCCCGGUUUCCCUGGCAUUGCUGGAGUCAAAGGUACUCCGGGAAGCCCUGGUCUGCCUGGUCUCCCAGGGGCAACAGGUUAUAAAGGAGAUCGUGGCCUUCCAGGGUACCAAGGUAACCCUGGCAUCACUGGCCCCAAGGGACCUGAUGGUUUGCCAGGUGGGCCAGGUCUGAUGGGACCACCUGGGUUACCAGGUGAGGGGGGACGCCCGGGGCUCCCGGGGCCGACUGGCGAGAAAGGAAAUCCGGGUCGUGACGGUAUUCCAGGCCCCGCUGGGAUGAAGGGAGACCCAGGUCCCGCGGGGCUGGGCCGCCCGGGCGCCCCGGGACUACCCGGGUUUCCAGGAACAAAAGGAGACCCAGGGUUUCCAGGCAUCCCAGGAGGUCCCGGAGCUCCGGGUACUAAAGGUGAUAUAGGAUUCCCAGGAUUCCCAGGUCAGCAAGGCAAGCCAGGGGACCCAGGACCACCGGGGCCAUCCCUGGAAGGACCCAAAGGACUUCCCGGGCUCUCAGGCCAGCCAGGAAGGUCAGGUCUUCCAGGCCCAAUGGGAUCACCAGGUCCUCCAGGAUUUGGGGGCAUCAAAGGAGAAAGAGGCCAGCCUGGGCUUCCGGGGACAUCAGGCUACCCUGGGCUUAAAGGAGAGCCGGGAUUGCCAGGAACACAGGGUGUUCCGGGGAACCCCGGGCUGCCUGGGUACAAAGGAGAUCCUGGAUUAACCGGCAUCCCAGGAUUCCCAGGAGCAAAAGGAAACCCAGGACCAUAUGGUCUUAAGGGAGAGCCAGGAAGUUUGGGACCGCCUGGAUUGCCAGGUGCCCCUGGCCUACCUGGCCCUCAACCUCCUCUACAGUAUGUUAAGGGCGAGCCAGGGUCACCAGGAUCACCUGGCCGGCCUGGUCCCAGAGGACCUUCUGGUCCCUCAGGUUCUUCAGGUCUGAACGGCUCCCCGGGAUUUCCUGGUGACCUAGGUGCCAAGGGUCUUCCUGGGUUCAACGGCCCCCAAGGAGCCAAAGGAGAAUUGGGUCCCUUAGGACAACCAGGCGAUCAAGGUUUUCCAGGCUCCCCUGGUGCGGAUGGCAUUCCCGGAAUUCCAGGGCCUCCUGGAUCGGCUUCUGUAGCUCACGGCUUCCUGUUAACCCGACACAGUCAGACUAGGGAUGUGCCGGUCUGUCCUGCCGGAACCCAACAGAUCUACGAAGGUUUCUCGCUGCUUUACGUCCAGGGCAAUGAGAGGGCACAUGGUCAGGAUCUAGGGACGGCUGGGAGCUGCCUGAGGCGGUUCAGCACGAUGCCCUUCAUGUUCUGCAACAUCAACAACGUCUGCAACUUUGCCUCCAGGAAUGACUACUCGUACUGGCUCUCCACCCCCCAGCCCAUGCCAAUGAGCAUGGCGCCAGUCAGUGGGGAAAGCAUCAGACCCUUCAUCAGCAGGUGCAGUGUGUGUGAGACUCCAGCCAUGGUCAUAGCUAUUCACAGCCAGAACAUACAGAUUCCAGGGUGUCCUGUCGGCUGGAUUUCACUGUGGAUCGGAUAUUCCUUCAUGAUGCACACCAGUGCGGGCGCUGAGGGGUCUGGCCAGGCUCUGGCAUCUCCCGGCUCCUGCUUGGAGGAAUUCCGCUCCGCUCCGUUCAUCGAGUGCCACGGACGAGGAACGUGUAACUACUACGCCAAUUCCUACAGCUUCUGGCUGGCUACAGUGGAGAACUCAGAGAUGUUCAGCAAACCGCAAUCUGAGACUCUGAAAGCCGGGGAACUGCGCACCCGCGUAAGCCGUUGCCAAGUGUGCAUGAAGAGUACGUAAUGCAUCAGCCCAAGCAACCAACGGCAAUCUCUAACCGGAGACGGAGGAGAAGAACAGAGCGAAACGACUAACUAAAUAAUACCUGUAGGGUGCCUUGUCUUCCAUUUACAAAUGGUGCUACUGUGCAAAGCAAAAAAAAAAGCAAAAAAAAAACUCUUCACAUUUAAUACUUGUUUGUACGUACCUCAUGUCGAGAGUAUCGAGUGCAUUCUGGAAACCAGGUCUGGCUGCGAAACCUCAGCGUUCGGGACCGAGACGCAGCUAUUUCCUUUAGCUUGAAGAAAGUGAGAAGAGAUUGUUCCCCCCCCCCCUCCACCCCCACCUCACCUCAUCCCCCUCCCUGUUUCCCCCCACCCCACCCAACAAGGCACUUUCUGCCGUUUAUUCAAACAAGAGUAAUGCACUGAGGACAUAACAGUGAAUGAGACUCAUUCCAUUCUCUCUCUCUCUCUCUUUCCAUCUCCAUCUUCCCUCC